AUGGCAGUUCCCCCCAACUCCUGCCUCUUGGCUUAUCUGUUCACCUUCAUGGUCCUGCAGCUGCCCACGCUGAAUUCAGCUCCCUUCGAUGUGAUCGCACCUCAGGAGGCAGUGCUGGCCCUACUGGGCUCAGAUGCCGAGCUGACCUGUCGCUUCUCCGCAAACGCGAGCGCGGAGUACAUGGAGGAGCUGCGCUGGUUUCGACAGACUAGGUCGCCAGCUGUGCUUCUUUAUCGGGCUGGUCAGGAGCAGGAGGACCAGCAGAUGACCGAGUACCGCGGAAGGGUGACGCUGGUGACCGACGGGCUCCCGGACGGCCGCGCUACUCUGCGGAUCCGAGGUGUCAGGGUCUCGGACCAGGGGGACUACCGGUGUUUUUUCAAAGACAAGGACUACUCCGAGGAGGCCUUUGCGCAUCUCAAAGUGACUGCGCUGGGCUCUGAUCCGCACAUCAGUCUGGGAGUUAAGGAGAAUGGUCAGAUCCAGCUGAAAUGCACCUCCUCAGGGUGGUUCCCAGAGCCAGAAGUGCAGUGGAGAACGCCCUCAGGAGACAGCCUUCCAUCCGCAACAGAGUCCAGCAAUCGUGAUGAGGAAGGCCUGUUCACUGUGGCAGCUUCGGUGAUCCUCACAGACAGUUCCGUAAAGAAUGUGUCCUGCUGCAUCCAGAAUCUCCUCCUGGGCCAGGAGAAGGAAGUAGAGAUCUCUGUACCAGCUCCCUUUGUGCCACGACUGACUCCGUGGAUAGUAGCUGUGGCUGUCGUCAUACUAGCCCUAGGAUUUCUUACUGUUGGGUCCAUAUUUUUCACUUGGCGACUAUACAAGGAAAGAUCCAGAGAGCAGAAGGGUGAAUUUGGCUCUAAAGAGAGACUUCUGGAAGAACUCAGGUGUAAAAAGACGGCGCUGCAUGAAGUGGACGUGACCCUGGAUCCAGACACAGCGCACCCCCACCUCUUUCUGUAUGAGGAUUCAAAAUCAGUUCGCUUGGAAGAUUCACGUCAGAUCCUGCCUGAUAGACCAGAGAGAUUUGACUCCUGGCCCUGUGUGUUAGGCCGAGAGAUCUUCACUUCAGGGAGACAUUACUGGGAGGUGGAGGUGGGAGAUAGAACUGACUGGGCCGUUGGUGUGUGUAGAGAGAAUGUGGUGAAGAAAGGGUUUGACCCCAUGACCCCCGAGAAUGGGUUCUGGGCUGUGGAGUUAUAUGGAAACGGGUACUGGGCCCUGACCCCACUCAGGACCCCUCUCCCUUUAGCAGCCCCUCCUCGCCAGGUUGGGGUUUUCCUGGACUAUGAGUCAGGAGACAUUUCCUUCUACAACAUGAGCGAUGGGUCUCUUAUCUAUGCUUUCCCUAGCACCUCUUUCUCGGCCCCCCUACGUCCCUUCUUUUGCCUGUGGUCCUGUGGUAAAAAACCCCUGACCAUCUGUCCAACUGCCAAGGGACCUGAGAAAAUCACAGUCAUUGCUAAUGUCCAGGACACCGUGCCCUUGUCCCCACUGGGGGAAGGCUCUGCUUCUGGAGAAGCAGAUACUCUCCAUUCUAAACUGAUACCUUUCUCACCUAGCCAAGUGGCACCUUAG